UUCCUGGGAGUUGUAGUCCAUGGCUCAGCCUGCACGGACCCUCAAAGCAGGGAGACGGAACUACGACUCCCGGAAGGAAUUGCGCUACGUAGCCGCUCGCUCUCUACAAAUUCUCCCGCCCCCUUCGUCCCCAAACCAGGAAGUCAGGGGCUAACUUGGGCUGCCGUGAAGGAGGGGGUGUCGCGGACGGUGGAGAUGGGGACCAGCGGGCGGAGUGGGCCAUGGUCCGAGAAAGGAAGCGCGGAAAAAGCGGCUGAGAACAACGUCCCCUCGGCCUCGUGCCGCUACAGGUGCAUCGAGUGCAACCAGGAGGCGACGGAACUGUACAGGGACUAUAACCACGGGGUGCUAAAGAUAACUAUCUGCAAGUCUUGCCAGAAGCCUGUGGACAAGUACAUCGAGUAUGAUCCUGUAAUCAUCCUGAUCAAUGCCAUUUUAUGCAAAGCACAGGCCUACAGGCAUAUCCUUUUUAAUACUAAGAUAAAUAUCCAUGGGAAGCUCUGCAUAUUUUGUUUGCUUUGUGAAGCAUAUCUGAGGUGGUUGCAGCUGCAAGAUUCAAGCCAGCACACUGACCCUGAUGACUUAAUAAGAUAUGCCAAAGAAUGGGAUUUCUAUAGAAUGUUUACAAUAGCUUCUUUAGAACAAAUGGCUUUCUUUAUGGGAAUUUUUGCUGGUUUGUGGCUAAUCCAACCCACAACAAUGAGAAGAAAGUGCAACUUCAUUUUGCUUCUGAAAGCACUACUAUUGUCCAGCUAUGGGAAACUCCUGCUGAUUCCAGCUGUAAUUUGGGAACAUGACUACACUCCUCUGUGUCUCAAACUCAUAAAAGUAUUUGUGCUUACAUCAAAUUCUCAGGCAAUAAGAGUGACCUUAAACAUCAGUCGCAAGCUUUCAUUGUUGGCCAUCCUGAGUGGGUUAGUAUUAGAAAGUAGUGUGGUCUGCUUCUUCCAAAGGAUGGGAUGGGAUGUAGAAAGUGAUUGUUCCAUCUAUAAAACUUAAAAUUUCUCUUGAAGAGAAAGAAGAAAAACCUUUAUGAUUAUGACUUUCAGGAAACUGUCUUAGAUGUGGACAUGAAUUCUUUUUUUUUGUGAAAAAUUAACCAAAUAAAGGAACAUGCACUAGCAAAGUAAUUGGGUACACGGUGCCACUUUUUCUGAAAUACUGGUUAUAUUUCAAUAUUUAAUUAAAUGGUUGUUUGUUUGUGUCUAAGACUUUGUACCUAGUUCUGCUGUAUUCUCUAUACUGAUCUCCUGCCUGGAUCAUUCCCCUCUCCUUGUUUUGCUCUUCUUCCUGAGCCAUACAGCAUUUCUGGAAAAAGUUACAGAAAUGUUCUAAACCCAGGAUACAUUCAUGCUAUGUAGGUUUAACAGAGCCCUCACUACUGUUUAACUAGCCUUUAUUUUUUUAUUGAUGGUUGUUCCAAAACAUCUUUUCUGCUCAAACUGCCAGUUCUGUCUCCACUCCCUACUUAAAUCAGAUGAACUAGUCUUCCACUUUUUUAUUGGGAAGAUACAAAUCAUGAAUUGCUAGAGUCAUAGCUCCACAGGCUCAUAGAAUUUCAUUUAGUGGAAACUUCAUAGGUCAGUUAGUGCAGCUUAUACCUAAGCAGGAAUUCUCCCUUUACAAUAUUCCUGAAGAGAGGUCAUCUAGUCUCUACUUCAAGUUCUCCAGUGAACACACUACCUACCAACAUAUUCUAUUCCAUUUUAUACUGUUCCGUUUAGGAAGUUUAGAGAGAGCUGAAAUCUGGCUCUUUUUCCCUACACUCUUUUUUCUUCCAUUCUCAAAGGUGUUCUCACACCUCUACCUUUCCAGGGCCUCCGUCUUUCCUUCCAUUUCUCAACCUGUCCCCUCCACCUCCUGAAAGACUUUAUUAAAUUAUCCUUUGUUCUUUAUAGCAUUUUCAUUCUCUGCAUUGCUACUGAAUUGGAAUUCCACGAACAGUUCUCUCCUACCUUGAGAGAAACUUGUCUCUGCCGCCCACCUUCUGUCCACUAUUGUAUCUUUCCUUCUUUCCACUAACAGACUUCUAGCAGUAUAUACGUGUAUACUACUAUUUGCUGCAUUUUCCUUGUCACCACUUGCCUGAUUUCACUCCACUUCAAUCUGGCUUCCACUCUACCACUUUAUUAAAAAUAUUCUCUUGAAAGUCAUUAACAACCAAAUUGGUUACCAAAUUCAGUGUUCUUUUCUCCAUCUUAAUUCUUUUUUUGUUUGUUUUUCUCUGCAGCUUUUGACAUUUGCCUAACUUUGAGUUCCCUUCUAAUUGUUAUCUUCCUCUCUGACCACUGCUUACUUCUUUCUGAUAUUCCCUAAAUGUAGAUAUUCUCCCAGGUUUUUAUCUUUCUUUCUAGUCUGUCUCUCUUGUAAAUGUCCUUUACUUUCAUGGUUUCAGUUACUUCUGUGUGAAUGAUUUGCAAAUCUAGCCUCAGUUUCUCCUUCAGGCUCCAUUUUUGUAUCUCUGGCUGACAGAUUUUUUACUUGGGUAGCACCCCUCACUAUAAGCCCAAGGUGUCUGCCAAAUUCAUCAUUUUCCCCAUUCCUCCCCAAAACACCUUCUAAAGGAAUUCCCCCUCCUGCUUCCCUCUUGUUAUCAGUGGCAGCAACAGUGAGGCACAGAACCUCAGUUUUCUUGGAUUUCACCUUUGCUCCUCUCAUGCCAUCAGUUACCAUUCUCUAUCACACCUUCCCUUUGCAGUUUGUCUUAAAAUGGCUCAUUUCUUUCAGUUCUAACUAUCAGCUGUCUUAAUUCAGGGCCUUAAUUAUCAUGCCAGACUAUUUUAAUAGUCUCCCAACUAAUGAGAUCCUUGCCUCAGGGUCUGUUCCCUCCAAUCCAGCUUGCAUAUUGCUGGCAAAUUAAUUCUUCCUGAAGCACUGCCUUGAUCUCAUCACUCUCUCCUGCUCCAGAUCCUUCAUUGAUUCCCCAUUACUCGUGGAAGAAAUCCCUAAACUUUUCCUGAACUUCUGACUUUCUCUCAGUGUUAGGGUCAUUAUCCCCAUUGUGUCCAAGUUUACUGUUCUAAUUUUCUCUCCCUAUUUCUCAACUCGCACCUCCCAUUUCCAGACACAGACUGAUCUCAUUGACCCCUGGAUACUUACUGUACUCGGCCAUUUUCCAUUCUUCCUAUUGGCGUCUUUUUCCUUCUUGUCUACCUAGUUAAAUCUUACCAUCCUUUAAGACCAAGUUCAAAUUCUUUCUACUUGAAGCUUUCUCUCCAACUAAGUGAUCUCUUCUUCCACUAAACUUAGCAUUCGUUGUGUGUGAAACUCAUGUAAUAAGAUUAAGUUGUCUCAUGACAAACAUGAUACUAUUUUUGUAUUUAUUUAACUUUUUUGUUUGUUUUUUCAUUCAUAUAUGUUUUAUUUUCAUCAGCAUUUUGUCUUGUACUUUGUAUCUCUCAUAGGACCUCACACAUAAUUGGCUUAGAGUAAAACACAAUCUUAAAGGCUCUCCUGGGGGAGAGAGGAGGGCAACCCAGAGUAGGAAUUGGGAAGGUUCAUGCUUCACUGCUCAGGCAGGGAAUAAGGAUUAUUAAGUGCUUAUAAUGUGCCAAGCACUAGGCUAAGUGCUGGGGAUAUACAUAUAUAAGCAAAGAGAAAAAGGAGUUAACAUUCAAAUGGUGGAAGACUACAUAUAAAAAGGAGCUGAAACACUAGGGGAUACCCAUCCAAAUCCAUAGGUGAAUGAAAUUUGACCCAGACUUAUCCCCAAAAUGGCAGCCCCAGAACCAACUCACCAGUGGAAGGGGGCCAACACGGCAGAAGGACAUCAUGGGGUAAGAAGGCCUAGGCAAUGAGGGAAAUCCCAAAAAGACAGCUGAGUUAGAAAUACAUCUCUACAAGCACCUGGCCACCACUUCCUACUGUGCCCUUCUCACUCCCCCCAAAUAAACAUGAUCAAGUCAACUCUGUCAUUGUCCCUAGAUAUGCUGUGUUCAUCUACUUUCCUAUAGCUCCACUCAUGAUCCUCGUAAUUUUCCAAACCAAAUUACCCCUCCCUGGUCACCAUCCCACCCAUGCGUUUCCUCCUACUGCAGUGAAAGCUGCUUAAGGGCAGGAGUUGUCUUUGCUUUUAUAUAUGUCUCCCUAGCACUUAGUUCAGUGUUGGGCACAUACUAAGUGCUUAAUAAGUGUUUUCUCAUUUGUUCAUGCAUCUUUUCGUUCUUUUGUCAAAACAACAAAACAAUGAAAAUAAAGCAAUAUAUAUUCGA